CAUGACUUGAUGGAAAUGCAUCAUUCAAAAGCCACUCUAACUGGAACUAGCCUACAAAUAAAUAUUACACCAAAGACAAGAGCAUGAUAUCCCGAUAAUAAAGCCCAUAAUGACUGAACAAGCUGAUGCAUUAAUGACUAAUGCAUCAAUAGCUGGUACGCAGAGCGCAGCCAGAGUCAAAAAGUCACAUGAGCUAGCUACCGUUACUAUCAAGACACCGCGCUAUUCCUACGCACAUCUCGAGCUUUUCAGUGCCUCGGCCGAUCCGGGUGUCUUAGAUGCUCUCCAAGUGCGGUCCAAGUGUACAUCUGCCCUGAAGCAAUUCCUGGGCACCACAGGUCUUGGGAUGCCUCUAGAUAUUCUCAAGGUAGAAGGGAAGGACUGUUGGUUAAGAGUCCCUCGAGAUGACUUAGCAGCCUUUUCUGCAGCCAUUACAGCCUGGCAAGGCUCUUAUCAGGAUGGUCUUCACUCAUCACUUCGAAUACGAGGGUGCUCUGACUGGCUUGGUGCCUUGGUGGGAAGAGAUGGGGAGGAUGAGCUAUGGACUGGCUGAAACUUGACGGACGAAACCACCUUGUCAACCAUUACCAACACGCCGAGAAACAAAAUAAUCUCAACCCACAUUUCUAUUGGUACCGCCCUAAUGGUAUAUCCUGUUUCCUCUCCCU